CGGCGGGGCGCGGCGGGGCGGCGCGGCGGGGCGCGUCAGCGGCGGGGCGGCGGCGCGCGGGGCGGCGGGCGCUGCCAUUGGCCCGCCUGUCAUGUGGUCGCGCGGAGGCAUCCGCAAUUACACGGGAAUGUUUUCCUAGAGAUGUCAGCCUACAAAGGACACAAUCUCUCUUCCUCAAAUUCCGCCCCAAAAUGUCCUUUCCCAACAGCUCUCCUGCCGCUAAUACUUUUUUAGUAGAUUCUCUCAUCAGUGCGUGCAGGAGUGACAGUUUCUACUCCAACAGCGCCAGCAUGUAUAUGCCACCUAGCACAGACAUUGGGACGUAUGGGAUGCAAACCUGUGGACUCCUUCCGUCUCUGGCUAAGAGAGAAGUUAAUCACCAAAAUAUGGGUAUGAAUGUACAUCCUUAUAUACCUCAAGUAGACACUUGGACAGACCCGAACAGAUCUUGUCGAAUAGAGCAACCUGUUACACAGCAGGUCCCCACUUGUUCCUUCACUACAAAUAUUAAAGAAGAAAGCAAUUGCUGCAUGUAUUCCGAUAAGAGAUCCAAACUCAUUUCUGCAGACGUCCCUUCCUACCAGAGGCUGGUGUCUGAAUCAUGUCCCAUUGAGAACCCCGAGGUUCCCGUCCCAGGAUAUUUUAGACUGAGCCAGACCUACGCCACUGGGAAAACCCAAGAGUACAAUAAUAGCCCUGAAACGAGUUCAACUGUAAUGUUACAGUUAAACCCUCGCGGCAGCUCCAAACCGCAGAUAUCUGCUCAACUUCAGCUGGAAAAGAAAAUGAAUGAAAGCCCGAACAACCAAGACAGCACCGCUAAAGUCUCUCAAGUGGAAAGUCCAGAGCCCAAGUCCACGUUGCAAGAGGAGCGGAGCUGUCUGCCCGAAGGCUCCGUGUCCAGCCCAGAAGUCCAGGAGAAGGAGAGUAAAGAGGAAAUCAAGUCUGAUACUCCAACAAGCAAUUGGCUAACUGCAAAGAGUGGCAGAAAGAAGAGGUGUCCUUAUACUAAACACCAAACACUGGAAUUAGAGAAAGAGUUCUUAUUCAAUAUGUAUCUCACUCGAGAGCGCCGUCUAGAGAUCAGUAAGAGCGUAAACCUCACUGACAGGCAGGUCAAGAUUUGGUUUCAAAACCGCAGAAUGAAGCUCAAGAAGAUGAGCAGGGAGAACCGAAUCCGGGAACUGACCGCUAAUCUGACCUUCUCUUAAACCCUAACCCCGGGGGGGGCACCAGUGAGGAAUGGGCACAGCACCACCACUUGAUAAAGGCAGGAGAGACUCUGGCAAAACCCGGCAUUUUCCAGUUUUGUUUUGUUUUGUUUUGUUUUCUGAUAGAAUGUGACUCUUCGUCCUUCUUUUAGCGCUGCAAGUGAAUAUGUAUUACUAUGAUGAGUAUAUAUAAAACCUAGCACGUGUAAUUUAUUUUUGUUCUCAUCGUAAUGCAGGGUAACUAUUAUUGAAUAUUAUCAUUUGGUCUUAACUUAUUGGAACUGUCGAACAUCCAAGCAAUGUGACUUUUUCAUGUUUUUACUAACAAAAUGGUAUUUAUGUGGGGCUGUUACACGGGCCAUAACAUUUUGAGUACAUCCAAUACUUUCAGAAAAAGAGUGGGGGGAAACUGUGGGGGCGGGGGGAAAGAGAAGCACAUUAUAAUGUAACUAUCCUCUCAAAUGAACUUAGAGAUUGUCCUUCGUAAAAUGGAAUAUCUCCUUCUUCUCCAUUGUAGACAUUUCCUUGUGGUGCAUAUGUGGAAUAGUAGUCGUUCAACAGCAAAUUGUCCUUCUUGUGCAUGUUCUGUUUGCAUGUAUAAUGCAAUAAACUCUGUAAACUACUGCGGUUCCUUUGGUUUUCUACAAAUGUUUAAAGCACGGAUGCAGGUUGGUCUCCUGAUCUUUCUCUAUCAGCAACUUUUUGGACUGGUGUACCUUUUUUUACCAUAUUCUAGUCUUUUUGUGUGUCUGCCUGGCAUUUUUUUCUUUCUUUUCCUCCAUUUUUCCCCCUUCCUCUUUUUUUUUUUUUUUUUUUUCCUAAGGGGUGGGGUGGAGACUGGGCCGGGAAAUGAUGUAAACCUAAUUAAUUUAUAAAUGUGUCUGUAAACAACUGAUUAAUUGAUAAAAUGUUGUGUGAUGUUCACAGUCUAACAAACUGAAUGAAAAAAAACCAAAAAACCUACCCAAAAAAAAAAAAAAAAAAAAAGAGAGAAAAGAAAAAAGAAAUAAAAAGAAAAAAAAAGAAAAAGAAAAAAGAUAAUGGAUUUUAAAAAGUUGUAAAAUAUUAUGACCUUAACUGGACAUCCUCAUCCAAUCAACUCGUACAACUCGUAAAUGGUAAGUGAUAAAAUUAUCUUUCUACUACAAGCUGUCAGGAAUAUGUGUGUCAUUUUAUUUGACGUUCGUAUGUUGAUUUUAAAAAAUAUCACUCACUGCUUGCUUACAAUGUGCAGACUUUGAUUUCGUGUCUUUGCUCGCUAAAAUAAAGAAGGAAAAACCAAGAAGAAACCUCCAUAAUAAACGAAAAGCUAUGCAUAAGUACAUGUUAAGGAGCUCGGUUUUCGGUCGGCUCAACAGCUUUCAGAAGACCGUGGAUGGAAAAAAUAUUCCCUCAAAAUAUUCCCAGCAUCUGGCGAGGUUGGCUUUUUUUGAGCAGAAACCCUCCCAGGCGUGCUUACAAAAGUACACCAGUCUCUUCAGACCUACUUUUGUCACUCUGUUUGCUCAGAGAUCGUUUUAUUUCGCGCAAUUCCAUUUUAGUAGCACACAUCCAGCUAAUGACGUUCACGACUCUUAACCCUUUCUGUACGUAGCUGAAAAAUGGCAUUAGCAGGGCUCUGCGCUUGGGGCUGAGGAAGGGCAUGUGUGCUGAGAGCGGGUGAAUGCCCCUGCGAGCAGAUAUACUUAGCAGAACUGCAAAUAGCUUGCAAAUGAACAUGACUUCAAAUUGAAGUGCAAAUACUUGGGCAUCCUUUCACCUUCAAACGGGUGCUGGAAAAGCAGCGUGGCUGCUGUUGGCGCUGGGAAACCAGCUCGUUCCCAAUCAACGCCCAUUUCUCCCCGAAGCUGUUUCUAAAUCGAGAAAUUGAGCUCGAGAUAGUGCCAAUAUUGUGCGACUUGGUGACAGAUACUGCUCAUAAUGCUGUUGGUGGCAUUCUGUUUGCUCUUUCGUCGCUGAUACUUAAUUUAAGCCAGUACUUCCUCAUGUGCACAUUUACUCAUGGGGAAGAGGCUGUAUAUUCCUCAAACCAAGGCAUCAUCAUUUUGAACUUGUGAGAGCCGCAAGCACCUAGGUACUUAGUGCUUGUUCCCGUUUCGAAAACAAACACCAAAAUGAUACUCAAAAAAAACCCCAAAAAACAAACCCCAAAACCCCCAAACCAACAAAAGAACCCCAACUCCUUAAAUAAUGCAUACAUUCGCACGGCCUUUUCUUUUCCUUUAAAGAUACUCGCUACACCACCAAAGAAGUUUCGGCAGUGGGAAGUAAAUAGCUGGCUCCAUACAAAGAGUUUAAGAUCCCGACACAGCCACCGUCCCUCGCCCGGGGAAGCAGGCGUGGGCAGAAGACCAUGGGCAAGAAUCCCCCUUUCCCAGCGGGUUCCCUCAGCAGCUUGGAGUGUGAUUAGCAAGCCAAGGCUGUUGGAUUUAUUUAAACACCCUGCCUCUCAUUGAUUAAGAAAUGAAUGGCAGAAAUCGCUCAAAGAAG